AUUAACAUCUUAAACAUUUUGUUAUACUUUAGCUUAGUUUAUUUUGCUUUUAUGAUUAAAUUAUUGCAACAUAUAUCUCAAUAUCACCUCAAUAUCAUGUAAUUUUAUUAAAGCAUCUUGAAUGCAGAAUGCAAUGCAUUAACUGUUUAUUACUAACUUCAUGUUCAACGUAGAUUUUACUUCUUCAUUAAAAUGCCUUUAUAUACCACACAAGAUACAAUUCGUAAAACUGUUAUUCUGCAUGAUGAUGAAUAUUAUCGAAGCAGAAUACCCGAGCCUGAUUUAGGUGCGUUGCGAAAUUUCUUGCGAUUUGUUUGGAAUCCAAACCGAAGGACAUUGCUCGGUAGAACUGGAAAAGAAUGGGCUUUGCUGGGAUUUUUCUACUCGUGCUUCUUCAGUGUAUUGGGCUCCCUCUUCGUGUUCCAGAUGUGGAUCAGCAUAGAGUACGCCUCAAAAUUGGACAAGCCAUUUUUCCUUUACGAAGGCUUGGCACCUAGAUCUUACUUUAGCAGCUACUUUCCAACUUUUCGUCAAGAGUUUGGCAGUCCAGGAAUCAGCUUCACACCGAAUAUUUUGCUGCCUACAACACCUCGUUUGAUUUUGGUGGAUAAUUCAAGCAUGGACGCUCGACCAAAAAGAUACAUACAGAUCUUGAGUGAUUUUUUGCAAGAGUACAAUAAGAGUAAAGAGAAUUACAAGAUAGUUGCGGAAUGCAGUGACAAAACACCGAUCAUACCUAGUGUAAAACCCUGUUUUUUUGAUGUUGAAAGUCUUGGCGUUUGCGGAAAACCUCCAUAUGGAUAUACGAAUCCACUGCAGCCGUGUGUUCUCAUUAAAUUUAAUAAGAGAUUUAACUGGGUACCGAUCCACUACAAUAAAUCCUCCCAAUUGCCAGAAGACAUGCCGCAUACUUUGCAGGAUGCUGUGCAAUCUUCGAAUAAGUCGCAGAUCUGGCUGUGGUGCGACGGAGCAAAUAAUGUCGACAAGGAGCACAUCGGAGAAAUUGAAUAUCUACCGAGUCCAGGCUUUCCCGUGCGAUACUUCCCGUUUAUGGGACAACCGGAUUAUUUAUCACCGAUAGUCGCACUGCGAUUUAAAAAUGUCACACCAUUCAAAUUGGUGACAGUGGAAUGCAGUUUGUGGGCGCACAAUAUCAAUGAGAAUUCGCGAAAAGCGUUGGACUUCCGAAUAAUUCUGAACGAAUCAUAGGAUGCGGUGAGUCGACCAAUAUUCAUCAACACAUCACUUGUGUUCAUUAACAUUUGCGAAUGUAACAAGCUGAGGAUAACUGUUAGUUUGCGCAAUGAGAAAUGAUUUUCUUUGUUCUUAGUUCUUAUUUAAUUAGUAUGAAAUUCAAACAAAUGUUUAAAAUUAAGAAUAAUAUUUUCGCCACCAAUGAAUCUUUUAUUAUGCAUCGUGUAUGUUACAUUUAAUAAUACAUUAAACGUAUCUUUCAAAUACCAUAAUUCGCGUAUGGAACAUAAUAUAUCUGAAGUGUAUAUAUAUAUAUAUAUAU